CCAGGGCUUCCCGACGAGAGGAACGAAUGGGGAAAGAGCGACUACUGGGUAUGGGGAGGCGUCCCCAUAUCCAUCUACAUCAUCGAGAGGUUUCUCCGCCUCUACCGCCAGACGCUGCGCAAGACCAAGGUCCUGUACGCGGAGGCCCUGCCUGGCGGCGUCCUGACCACCUACGUCUCCCGGCCCAAGCGCUUUAACUACAAGCCUGGCAUGUACGUCUUCAUAAACUGCCAGAAGAUCUCCCGUUUCGAGUGGCACCCCUACUCCAUCACCUCCGCGCCCGGGGACGCCUACAUCCGCCUCCACGUCGCCUCCCUUGGCGACUGGUCCACAGCCGUGCACGACCUAUACAGCAGCCAGGAGGUCCAGAACAUGAUACGAGAGUCGCCCCUGGCCAGGACCGUCUCGCCCACGAUCAUGCAACUGUCGGAGGCUGUCGGAGACGUGUCGGAGCCGGCGAUGCCCCACGGCGCUUCUGCGGGCACCCUUCGUGGCGACGCCACGGCGUCUUUCGAAGUUGGGGACUCUACGGCGCCCGAAUCCACGGUUGGCGAUUCCAGGAUACAUGACUAUGCCGUGGUCGAUUCUGCGGUGGGCGGUUGCACGGUGGGAGAUUCUACGUUGGGAUAUUCCACGAGGGAUAUGGGAUAUUCCACGAUGGGGGAUUCCACGAGGGGGAGGAUCCCUAACGAUCUGCAGAUCCUGGUGGACGGGCCGUACGGCGCCCCGGUGCAGAACCAGGAGCAGUACAGGGUGCUGUGCCUGGUGGGAGCAGGCAUCGGCAUAACGCCCUUCGCGUCCAUGCUGCGGCACGUCAUGCACCAGUUCAACGACCACCGCUGCUCCCACUGCGGCAAG